AUGGCGAGUGCAAGUGCAGGCGCAGACAUAAGUGAUGAUGAGGAUCCAGAGUUGGCCACCGCGCCCGAUCCAGCAGCUACCAAUCCCUUCAGCCCCGCGGGCAGCGCGGGCAACAUGCUGACCUUGAGUCAAGGGGACCUGGUGCUGAUGAUGAGGCAGAUGAUGGAAGUGAGUCAGGCUGCAAAUAGCGCAGCACAGGCGGCUCUUGCCGCCACGCGAUCUUCCGAUCGAACGGGGCUAGCCGGGUCCGAUAUGGCUCGGUUGCUCCCGAAGCCAGACAUCUUCAAGCCACCGAACAGGGAGGCAGAGCAUGGAGAGUGGAGCUCUUGGCUGUGGACGCUAAAGCAAUACCUUGGGGCGUUAGAUGCAAGCUUUACAGAUGAGCUGUUGUUUGUCGAGAGGGGCUUGCAGAUAAUCCAGCGGAUUCCAGUGCAGAACGGCUUUGAGGCCUUGCGCCAGUUGGUGCAGUUGUACCAGCCUGCAUCCAAGACGCGCUCACUUGACAUCCUCAGCGCGUUGACUAGCAUGGGCCACUUUCGUGCCGGUGAACC